AUGGUCGGUCUGAGGAAUGGUACAAAGCUUCAUCUUGAAGAAAAUUUGAUGACGGAAUUGAAGGAUGACGCUUUCCUGCCCAUGCUGGAGGACCUGGGAGAAAAAGGGAGGAUAUUUCUUUCAUCGAACCCUAUCCAGUGCGAUUCCUGGCUUGCCUUAAGUCUGAACGUCCCAAAAUAUUUGCAGAGACUUCAGGGGGUGAAUUGCAGAAGCUAUGGUGGACGAAGUGAAUUCUAUAUGCUAGGAAAUUCGGCUGUGCAGCACCUCCCGGAGAGGGUGUUCGGGAACAUGACCUUUGAUGACAUUAUCAUUUCCGAAACCAGCUUGGUCAGUGUGGAUCCCAUGGCAUUGCUUUCAUCAAAGAAUCGCCUUAAAAUACUAAUCAUCAGCAAUUCCACCUUGGAAGAAUUCCCAUUUCAAGUCAUACCUCAAAUGACCAAUCUCACAAUAUUGGAAAUCACCGACAGCCCCUUGAAGUCAUUGCCAGCCCUCAGAAGCUCCAGUCUGGAGAUUGUGCGUCUUUCGCACAAUCGCAUAGGCAGACUUCUGCCUGGAUGGUUCAUGCCCAAAUUGCGGAAACUGGAUAUCAGUAACAAUCCGAUUCCAGAAAUUCCUCGUGGACUUCUCGAGGGCUUCAGGAAUUUGACGUCCUUUGAUGCGUCUCAUUGUAACCUGGGGCCAACUUUGUCCAAUGGAUCCUUGGUAUUUCACAGCAAGGACUUGUCUAAUGUGUCCCUUCGAUUCAAUGGCAUUGUAAGACUGGAACCUGGAGCCAUUGCAGGUCUCACAAGAAAUACAUUGGUCGACCUUAGUGGCAACAACAUCACGAGAUUGACAGAAGACACAUUCCGACCUAUGCUUCAAUUCCUUUCCCAGCAGAAAUCUGGGAUCAUCAUCUCAUUGAGUCAGUUCCAUGGUUGUCUACUGUUCCUUACAAUGGACCUACAUGUGGUCGAUCAAGACUAUGGUUCGGCCACGUAG